AUGCGACUUUUACUCGCAUUGCUCUUGCUUUAUAUUAUCCUAAUAAUUACACUUAAAAGUGCUGCUGAUACAAGUCCCCUCUUCAAUUCUUCGACCUGUACUUGCAUGGAAGCAUGUGCUGCUUACGUUCAGGAUAAGGAGAAGUACGAUGAUUGUGUGGAAUUUUGUUCAUACAAUACAGAACCGAUUCCUCCGUGUUUAUGUUAUUGUGGUAUGAGAAUAACACAAUAUGAUUUAGAUCAGUAUCUCUCAAAUCAACAUAUAUUGAAUCGAUCAUUUUUAUCAGCAUCAAUGAAUCGUGAAGUAGCUGAAAUGUUUGCUAGUGAAGGUCAACAAUCCAAAAUGAGACAUACACCUAAAGAUCAUCGUGCAUUACAAUAUUCAUGUUUAUGUAAAUAUUUAAUAAAACAAAAUUCAACAGCUAUCAAUAUACAAAGUUUAUCAACAAGACCGGAUGAAAAAGAAAUUUUAAUUCUUCCGUUUACUGUUUUUAAAAUAAUAGCAAUUAAACAAAAUUAUCUCGAUGAUCCAACAGCAUCAAUUUCAGUUGAAAUUGUAUUAGAAGAAUAUGAAAAUCCAAAUGAUAAUAAAAAUGAAUCAGAAAAUAGUGAAAUACCAAGAACAUCAUCAUUAUCAUCAACUAAUAAUGACAUAAAAGAUGUCGAUGAAUGUACAAAAGUCAAACAACGAAAACGUCGUCUUUAUGGCAUCAUUGGAUGUUUGGUGUUCGCUAUUCUUUUGGCUUUAACUUUUAUAUUCAUUUUUAUUUUUGUUAUUAAGAAAGGUUCAACGAACAAGACUACAACCAUGGCAACGUCUACAAACAUGACAACAUCUGCAAGCAUGAUAACGUCUACAAACAUGGCAACGUCUACCACAGAAAACAAUAAUGGUAGCAAUUAUACAUUACUAGAAGGUUGUCCCAAAAUAUUGGAACGAUCUAGCUGGAAUGCACGUCCAUACAAACGUCGUGAAAAUUUAAGAACAUCACCGGUUACAGAUAUUGUUGUACACAAGUUAGGAGGUGUCAAUUCAACUUUGAAUCACCGGGAUUGUAUUAAGGAAAUUAAAAAAAAUCAAGAUUAUCAAAUGGAUACACAAAAGUGGGAUGAUAUUGGUUAUAAUUUUUUACUGUGUGAUGAUUGUGAUGACCAACAACAAAUUUAUACAGGCAGAGGAUGGAAAUUUACUGGUGCACAUUGUAAAAGUUAUAACGCAAUAUCAUUGGGUAAGAAUACAUUUCUCUUUUAA